ACCACAUUACACUUGACUGUGAUAUAAUAAUUCAAUAAUAAUACAAUAAUAACAUCUACUAUUAUAUUAUUAAUUAUUAAAUAAUCACAUAUUGACAGUGAGAGUGAUACGUAGUGGUUAAAAGUGAAAAGAAAUCUACAAAAAUGGAAAUGAAUAUAAGAAUAUUCUUCAUGUUUAUUGUAACAAUAUCAACCACAAGCUCUCUAAGAUCUGGCCUACAGCUAAUGUUUCCACACGAGCAUAGAGAAUACGUCUAUAUAUUAAAAAGUAAUGUGUCCACUGGCACCUGGAACCCUCGGAAAAGCGCCACCUAUUGGCAGUUGCAGGGCAACUUGCAUAUACAGGUGUAUGACAAUUUCACAAAGGCACGAUUGUUUUUGGAUGAAUUAGAGAAAUUAGUAUGUUGCACGGACCAUGGACCAAUGCGUGAACUGGAGACCGAUGAUGAUCAAUUCCUUAAAGAACCAUGGGAAUUGGAGUACCAGGACAACGGCUACAUAAAGUCGAUAUACGUUGGCCAGGAACCAGCCUGGUCGGUGAACCUGAAGAGGGCCAUAUCCAUCAACUUCCAGGUCACUAAGGACAGUGGAACUUAUUCUGUUAAUGAGCCCUGUCUAGACGACAUCUGUGCCAUGAUAUACCUCUCACGGGGCAACCUGAUCAAGAAAUUCACUAGCUUGAAGGUGCCUACAGCCAGGAGUAGGAACAGCUGGGCUUCUGUUCCAUGGUCUUCUGUGUAUACUGGAAGGAGUGUGAUAGACUCCGUAUCAUCAGCUGAGAGGACAUAUGAACUGGACGACUACAAAGGGUUGAGUUCAAUGGAGCUGAGAGGCAGUUACCAGUACAAAACACAUGACCAUAUUCUGGCAGUCAAUACUGACCUAUCAAUAUCCUACGACCACGAUAAAGCAGCGAAAAGUGUUGAAAAACUGAACCUGAUUCAGACGACCGUACAAUACGUAGCCAGCGACUUCAGGGACCCUUCCAAUGGGAUCAGGAACCUUUCACAAGCCUACCUGAAGAAUGUUACUUAUGAGAUGCUCUUAAAAAUUGCUAGAAAAGGUAUAGACGCUGACAACAUAGUGAGGAAUGCUUCGCUUAUACACAGCCUGGAUUUUAUAGACCUUUUGAACACAAUAUCAAGACUGAACUACGAGACGUUAAUCAGCCUAUUCAAUGACCUAGUCCUAGGAACCAGUUAUGAGUUGGAAACAGCCAGGAAUAUAUUUUUGGAAGUACUACCUCAUGCUAGAAGCGAUGCCAGUGUGAGGUUCAUCAAGUACCUGGUUUUGGAGGAAAAGGAAAAGGUGGAAGACGCAGCCCUUUUAUCCCUGAUCAGAAAACUACCCUUCAAUGUGGCCGCUCCUAACCAGGCUCUUUUGGAGGAGCUGGAGGUCCUCAGCAAGUUGGGCCUGGACUUCCCACCAGACAUCCGCCACGCUGGCAUACUGAGCUUCGCAACGCUACUGCAUAAAACCAUGGAGAUAUCUCAAGUUAAGCAGGAUUACUUUGACAAUAUCGUCGUGAAAUAUUUCAGGAUGUAUAGCGACUGUCCCCAAUACCUGGACAGGAUGAUAUGGCUUCAAGGACUCUGCAAUAUUGGCUACUCAGCUGAGUCGUACACGAGGAUCAUUCAUACGGACUCUACGAGGGACCGGCAUGAGAGACUCUGGGCUGCUCUGGCUGGGAGCCCCAAGACUGAAGAUCCUUAUACGGUCCUAGAGACGACUCUACCAAUAAUAACGAAUGAAACAGAACACAUACAGCUUAGGAUCAUAGCUCUCCACUCGUUUCUAAGUUCCUCAAAUGUGAGAGAAACUGACUUUAUGUUCAUACACAAUUAUAUAAGAAAUUGUCACAACAACCAACUGAAGAGGUUCUGGUUUGCGACGAUGAAAAAUUUGGAGGCGAACAAGAAUUUCUCUGGGUACAGGGUCACCUCAUUCUACGUCCCAUUCGUAGUGAACCAGGUAUCAAACCCUGAUCCUCUAUACUGGGCGACGAACAACUACAUCAUCAGCGCUGAGGAGGAGGACAGUGCAGCAUCACUGCAGGUGUUCAGUGUGGGAGACCCUGAGGGUGUGCUGCCGAACUUUAUUGGAGCGAGGCUGUGUACCGGUGGUAGACGACCUUUUAAGGCUGAUAUCUACCUGGUAAUGCAAGGAGUAGCAACCAGUCUCUUCAAGAAGUUAAACCACUUUAACGAGAAGAACCUGAAGGUGGAAGAUCUGAUCCAUGUCCUGAAGAAGAUGAGGGUUUGGGCUGUUAAGGCGCCGGAGAAGGUGCACAUAGACGUGGUGAUUAAAAUCCAGGAUAAGGCUGUAUUCGCGACACAUAUGAACCAGUCGCGCUUUGAAAGCGGUAGUGGAGAAGAUCUGGCCUACAUUGAAGAUUUCCUUCGUUUCGGAAGUCACAUCAACCAGCAGAUCGUGUACUAUCCAUUUCAGACUGAUGUCAACAUUCCGAGUGAAAUGGGAACCCCAAUCCGUCUACAGUCAACAAUCCUUUCUUUCACUUCAAUCAGAGGAAACCUGACAGCGCCAUCUACUCAAGAUAAAGUUUGGAAGAACGAUUUGCAUAUCAGGUACCAAGGCACAUCAGUGACUACACUCUCGACCGACGGUCCACUGGUACGAAGCCUGCAUUCAGCACGCAUCCAACAGUCGCUGGUAGCUCAUCUACCGAUGAAGUUCAACGUCUCAUUCUCUAAUAUUGAGAAAAAUAUUGAAUUGACAUGGCCAAACCCAGGUGCCCAGCAAGGAGGCGUGGCGAUGCACUCACGAGCACAGAUAGCUGUGGAGACCUCAUCGUUGAAGUCUACUUCUACAGUCACUGCUGGUGACAACAGUUUGUCGAAUCUGGACAACAAAAGCGUUUUCUUCGACUGCGAACGACCUAUGACUGGAGCUGAAGUACUGGAUAAGUUGUUCACUUCGAAAAACAACCAUUAUGACUUCCUAACCUCAAUCCAGCCAUCCCUGAUAAUCCUGAACAGCAUACUCCUUUUCACCUCCCCACCCUCAGGGUCCUGUGGCCUGAUACUUCCACCACAACAUCUUAUGAAGACUGCCAACGAUAUCCUGCAGUUGAAGAUCCAGCUGAAUGAGAUGAGCGUCAACGAAGAUACUACGAAGUUUGAUCUUUCUAUGAUGUUGAAUUACUUCAGCCAGGAAGAGCCAAAGAAGGUAUUCUUCGAGAUGGAAGCUCUGACGAAGAUAGAGAGUACAGGUGGCAAUGCGAACGUCCAGCUGACGAUACACGGCCUACAGCCCAGCUCUGAUAAUGUCACUAGAAGAGAAUGGACGAUCUGUCUCCGAGAACAGGACAUCAGUCAUGGAGCAUCAGACCAGGAUAUAGCCAUUCACCCAACUUCCUAUGAAGGCCACCUUACCAUCACAUACUCUGGAAACAAGACCGACUGCUUUGAGUCCGGUCCAGCAUCAGAGCUGACUCUGAAGUACAAGGGUAUACCUCAGAACCUUUAUGGGAAACUGGAGAGGUUCUUUGAGGUCAAAAUUUUUGGGAGUAAUUUGUCAGAGAUGGGUAUCCUGGAGUCAGACAUAGUGACACAGACUGCUCUGGGUCAGCUCGUCAGGAGUUACAGUAAGGAACCGCUUAACAUGACUGCUGUUAUCAAGGAGAGAAACGGCCUAGCAUCAGUAAGUGUCAACAAGGGCGCGGACAUGCAGUUCAAAUCUGAUAACUUCGCCUGGCUGCUGGACAGCUGGACUGAUAUGCAGAUUAUGAAGACCUUGGGGUUGUACCGUGAAUGCCGGCUACAAGACAACUUGGUGCAAUUGCUGUUCGGAGGGGAAGAACUUGUGAUGACGUCAGACUCUGCUGACCAUGUCAUCUUAGCUGACUGCACGAUCAAACCACAGUAA